CAGUGCCGGGUUUUGUAUUUCUUUAAUCCACUGAGUGAGUAAACCGAGUACUCUAAUCCAGUGCCAGGUUUUGUAGCAUGCCUAUAUUGCCAUUGCCUAUCGCAACGCAAGAUGAACUAGUGGGAACAGAAACACUAUGGCUGCCAGUCUCUCCCUGACUCAGCUUUCAAGUGGAAAUCCUGUCUAUGAGAAAUACUAUCGACAGGUAGAUCCGUCCAGCAGUGGACGUGUAGCAGCUGGUGAUGCAGCCUUAUUUUUAAAGACGUCUGGCCUUGCCGAUCUGGUCCUUGGCAAGAUAUGGGAUUUGGCAGAUUCAGAACGCCAAGGCUCACUUAACAAGCAGCAAUUUUAUGUAGCCCUUCGUUUGGUGGCGUGUGCUCAGAAUGGAUUGGAAGUGUCUCUCAAAAGCCUCAAUGCUGCUGUGCCUCCCCCAAAAUUUCAUGACACUAGCAGUCCUCUUCAGUUUGGACAUGUGCCCAUUGACUGCCCAUGGAUAGUCAAGCCAGAGGAGAAGCUGAAAUUUGACGCCAUCUUUGACAGCCUCUCCCCGGUGGGUGGCAUGCUCACGGGUGAUAAGGUCAAACCAGUGCUCCUCAAUUCAAAGCUCCCUGUGGACGUUCUUGGCAGGGUUUGGGAGCUCAGUGACAUUGACAGAGAUGGUAUGCUGGACAGAGAUGAGUUUGCAGUGGCCAUGUAUUUAGUAUACAGAGCCCUCGAGUCUGAGGUGGUUCCCAUGACUUUGCCUGCCGGUCUGGUUCCACCUUCAAAAAGAAGAAAAAUGACUCCGCCCCCAGUGUUGCCCCUCCUACCGUCACCUGCACAACAUAAAGAAAGAAGCCGCGCCCACUCUGGCUCCAAAACACUUCCGGCAAAACCCGCACCACCACAGUGGGUGGUAUCACCAGUAGAUAAAGCCAAAUAUGAUGACUUAUUCACUAUGACAGACAGUGACAUGGAUGGUUUGGUAUCAGGUGCUGAGGUCCGAGAUAUAUUUCUGAAGACUGGUUUACCAUCAGCCACCUUGGCACGCAUUUGGGAACUUUGUGAUAUAGGUGACAUCGGAAAAUUGACCAAAGACCAGUUUGCAUUGGCCCUCCAUCUAAUUAAUCAGAAGCUCUCAAAGGGAAUAGACCCACCCCAGACGCUCUCUCCAGAAAUGAUUCCUCCUUCUGAUAAGCUUGCACGACAGCAGAACCUUGCCUUAUCUGUUCAGGCUGCAGAUUUCUCAGCUAUUAAAGAGUUGGACUCGCUCACUAAUGAAAUCAUGGAUAUACAGAGGGAGAAGGGUACAGUGGAACAGGAAAUCAAGGACCAAGAAGAAACUAUAAGACAGAGGACAACUGAAGUACAGGACCUUCAGGAGGAGGUGCAGAAGGGCUCAGACGAGCUGGGCCGUCUGCAGGCGGAGAGACAGGAGGUGCAGGAGAAGGUUGAGAGGCUGGAUGAGCAGAAACGAUCUCUGGAGGAGCAACUCGCACUCAUACAGCAGCAGUGCAGCCAGGAAAGCCAACUGAUCCAGUCACUGCAGGUGGAACACUCGGAGCAGGAGCAGAGAAUUGGCGACUAUGAAGAGGAGCUGUCCAGGGCCCGGGAGGAGUUGCUCCGUCUGCAGGAUGAGACGCGCUGCCUGGAAGAGAAGGUUCAAGCUGCUCGUGCUCAACUCUGCCCUCUAGAGGACGCUGUUAAGGAAUCUCACACACACAUUGCUGAGGAACAGGAGCGUUUGGCUGAACUGAAUGAAGAGGAGCGAGAAGUGACAGCCCGGCUUACCUGGAGAGUCCUGGAGGAGCCUGUGCUUGUCAAUGGAAUGGCACCCUCAUCUGAGCACCCAGAGCAACUGCAGUGGCCUCAACCCACAACAUCUCCACCUGAGAAACCCAAGGAGAACAAAAGCCAGAAUGAAGAGACGUCCACAGAUGAGAUGCAGGAGCUCAGAGUUACAGGGGAGCAGCCCGCAUCCAAAGCAGAGGUCAGUCCAGAGGAGCAGGAGCCUAAAACUGACCUUUACUCCAGCGACCUUUUCUCGUCUGUCAGUUCCAGUUUUUCUGCCUGGCGUAAGGGUAACAUGGAAAUGUAUGCAGGUCCAGCUGACACAGAGCUGGAGGGGGAGGUAGAAGAGGAGAAGGAAAAGGCAGAUGAGCAGCCUGCAACCAGCACACCAAAGGCUGAAACUGUGGAGCUAGAGAUAAAGGAAACCUCUCACCCGAUUUCAGUCACCCCCACUAACCUGCCCACUGGUCCUGGCAUUGACUUUUUCCAGUCGGACCCAUUUAAAGACAGUGACCCAUUCACUGAUGACCCUUUCUCAAAGGUUGUCCCUGAUCCAUUCGGUGGCGACCCAUUUAAAGGCACAGACCCAUUUGCGACAGACAACUUCUUUAAACAGUCAUCUAGUUUCCCAUCAGGAGACCCUUUCAGCUCUUCGGAUCUCUUUAGCACCACCACAGGCCCAAAAGAGGCCGAUCCAUUCUCAUCUAAGACCAGCAAUGCAGUCCCUCCAGAUCCAUUUUCUUCUAACAGUAGUAACAUCCCAGACGCGGAUCCGUUCGGAUCCAAAAUGGACUCGCUGGCAGACUCUGAUCCCUUUAGCUCGACUGGCACAGGGCAUGAUCCAUUCGGAGGGCCAGAAAUUCCUGCAAGAGAUGUGCCAGCAGCGACCAAUGAUCCAUUUGCUCCAGGAGGAACUACAGUGACCACUAACUCAGACCCGGAUCGAUUUGCUGCAGUAUUUGGCAAUGAGACCUUUGUGGGAGGAUUUGCAGACUUCAGCAGUUUAGCAAAGUCUAAUGGUGAUCCAUUCGACUCGAGUACAAACAUAAAUGUAUUUAAGGAGAACACGCAAUCGGAUGUUCCUCCAGCAUUACCACCCAAAACGGGAACACCCACCAGACCUCCCCCUCCACCCCCAGGUAAGCGGUCCAACAUCCAGAGAUCGGAGUCAUCCGAGUCAUUUCAGAGGCGUGGUCUGUUCAAGGCACAGGGAUCUGGAGAGUUCUCCUCCCUCCCAGCUAAAGACUCGGUAUCAGACCCUUUCGCCCCUUCCUCGCCCAACCAAGCCCCGCGUGACCCCGCCCGAUUCGCCAGCUUUGACAAAUACCCCACGGAGGAGGACAUGAUAGAGUGGGCGAAACGGGAGAGUGAGAGAGAGGAGAGGGAGCGUGUGGCUCGUCUGACCCAGCAGGAGCAGGAGGAUCUGGAGCUGGCCAUAGCCCUUAGUAAGUCGGAACUGUCCUGACCCAAACUGGGUCACGGCUCUAACAGCACCCCGUCACAUCGAGGAGGAGAGGAAGAAGAUCUUUAACCACAUUUACUAGCAGGAUCCUUGGUUUGAUCUUAAACCACAUGAUGCUCCUUCUGUGUGUCGACUGCGUUUUCCUAGUUUGCUGGGAAAGUGAAAAGUAGAAGGUAACAGACUAAUUGCAGCUCUAUUGGCUGAAAACCUCCGAUGUGAUGCUCAAGUUUUUAAAAAACCUCAAAUCAAGAUAACGCUCUUGAAAAGUGGACGACUCAAAAUUCAUGCAACUAAGACCCGUACAAAUUCAGGUGUUUCCCAAUGAUUUUGAAGUUUUAAUAGAAUUGUACCAAUAUAUUUACUUCACCUGUGACAUUCAGAUGGGGACAGGUUGAAGAAAUCCAUUACAAACAUACUCAAGGUGUUAGGUUUGCUCUCAUCCUCUUUUGAAUUAUAGUUACACAUUUGUUUAACGUUUACAAGUAACCAAACUUGGCAGCUUCAUCCACCUUUCAAAGUUUCAGCAAUGCUUCUCUGACAUGAGAGGUUUAUUGUGGGCAUCCCUGUCCGGUCUCAUGAUCAAAUCCCACAAGCUUAAAAGCCUCAGAUCUGCAACCUGUAGGUGCUUGUGUAGUACUCCAUUGUGACAAAAUCAUCUUUCUUAAACCGCUAAUGGAGAUACUUUUUGAAGAGAACAUUGGUGAAAUUUUGGAAGGAACAGCAUAACCACCACGUUUGAUCUCUGUUCCUACAGUACAGCAUUUAUACUUUAUGGUGACCUUUUGAAGAAUCAAAAUCUUUAAAAAACUGCUUAAAGAAUCACUAUUUGAAAAUUACAGAUUUUGUUAUAAAUAAUGAACAUGUACAUAUUGUGAAUUUGUUUGCCAGUAAUCUUGUACUACAGUGUAUACAUAUCCUAAAUCAUAUUGUACUUUAUCAGUGUCGUAGUGAAUGCAGUUUGCUUUAUA